AUUCAUCUUUAGCUCUUGCGUGGUUUUCAAUUUUAUUUGUUAAGUAGCUUUGUUGUGGUGUAGACAGCUUAUCAAAUUAAUUUAGAAAUCAGUUUGUUAAACCUAAAUAAGUGUAGUGGGCUCGAUCGUCGUAUGUUAUAAAAACAAUGUCAUCAUUGAGUGCUAGCGGCGUGUUCAGCAGCUGCGUGGACUACUUCUGUCUGGUGUGCGAGUCUCUGCUUAGGGAUGGGGCUGACGCCGCCGCACACGUCGCCAAGCCUGUGCACACCAAGAACUUUCUCACUACUGAAUACUUCGGAAAUCAACAAGAAUGCGUGAGAAAGAUAAAAAAAUGGUAUUUGUGCGAGUUGUGCAACGUGCUGUUGCCUACUGCGGCCCGAGUGCGCCUGCACGUGGCGGAGGCGCGGCACGCGGAGCAUAGGGCUGCGCGGGUGGUGCAGCGGCGCGCGGACAGAAUCCUCGCCUUCGCGAGCGUGCAGCUUAAAGACAGCGCGUGGAAUGGCAUCUUGGAUGACACGUGCGCCAUCUGCAAUACGGAGUUUGACGACGAACACAUUCACAGGAACGAGACGAGCCACAUAUUGAAGCUGAUUCAAAGCAAAAUCGAAUACGAUGAAAAUCAAAACCUUUAUCGUCGGGUGGAUGAUAAUACUUUUCAUUGUAUAACAUGCAAUAAGCUUGUUGCAUUCAACUCAAUAGAUGUUCAUUUUAAUGAUGAUGAACAUAAAAAACUUUACCAAAGUUUUUGUGAAGAAAGCAAAUUUAAUUCAGAUGAGAGUAAAGAGGAAAUUGAGGCAGAAAAUGCUGAAUCACAUAUUGAAAGAUCAGAAAACAUUGAAAAUGUUGAAAAAAAUGAGUUCAUAAAUGAUAAAGAACAUUCAGAAAUAGAUAAAAAUGAAAAAAAUGUUAUUCAACAGAUAAACACUAAAAAAAUUAUAGAAAUAUUUGAUACUGUAAAGAUUGAUGAAGAUGAAAAUUCUAAGAUUAAUUUAGAAAAUGAUGAUAUUUUGAGUUCCAUUGAAAACUUUAAUAGAAACAAUAUAAGUAUAAAUGUUGAAUUGAAAACUGCAACAUGCAAGAAAUGCGAAAAAGAUUUGGAUUUUCAGAUGAAAUCAAUAAAAGACCAUAUUUUGGAACAUGAAAUGAAUAAUGAAAUAGAAGAUUUUGAAACCACUAAAGUUAAAUCUGACACAGAACUUACAGAAGAAAUGCCAAAUGGAAAGACAUCACCUGCGGCAACAGUAAAAAACGAACAGGAAUUUAAAAAAGUUAGAGGGAAAAAAAUAAAAGAACAUAAAUCUAAUUUUGAAGCAAAACAAUUUGCAAACGAAAAUGAUAUGACUUACUUAGACAGUGAGGAUAAGGUUUAUUGCAUUAAAUGUAAAGUAAAUAUACCAACAUCUUUAAAAUGCUUGCAAGACCAUGUGGCUGGUUCUGCUCAUUUGAAAGCUAUUAAUAAACAACAUUUAGAGGUUGUAUUAUACAAAAAUGAUAAUGAAUCUAAUGAAGAACAUACAAAUAAAAUUGCAGCUGAAGAUUUUGUACAAAAUAAACUUUUCAUAGAUGGAAUCUCCAAAUGUGUGGUUAUCAACGACACUAUAUGCAUAAGUGUGCUCAGUUCCGAGUUAAUGUUAGAAGAGAAUAAUAAAUUGAAAUGUUUCAUCUGUGAGCAAAAGUUGUUCAUGCAUGAUUUCGAGUCCCAUAUAAAACAGUACCACCAUAAUAAAAUGUCUUCAAAGUGUUUUGUACUUGAACUUUCGAGCGAGUUUAUAAGAGAGAUUAAGCCACAAUGCUUUCACUGCGGCUACUGCAAUAACCUGCACUCACCAUGGUCUGCGAUGCUAAAACACAUACAGUCUGCAGACCACAGGGAAAGUAGAUCUUCAGCGCAUAUACGUUUGCAACGCUUAAUGCCAGAAAUUAUUCAACACCGCAGACAACAACAACUCAAUCGGAUGAUGGCGGCUUUCGGAUUCAUGUUUGGUGCAAACAGGAGACGUUACUAUGACAGUGAUAGUGAUUAAAUUUAUAGUUCAUUACAGAGGGUCUAUUGCUUGUCAACAAGCGCCUUCGUAACGUCAACGACAAAAUAUGUCACUCUAUAUAUCUCUAUGGAUGGAUAGGUUAUCGCUUGGAAAUUACAGAUUUUGCUUCGUUUCAAUUUGAACACGUCUAAUGAUGUUACGUGGCAGUUAAAUCUAUCUAUAUUAUAGUUCGGACCCACACCACCGCUACAAACUGUUAUUGGUGAUAUGGUGAAAAUCAAAUAGGCACAAAAUACUAC